UACUAGGUAUAUCAUUACAUUCAAUCAGCUGAUACAAGUAAAUACAGUUGAUGUUUUUAUAUUUUUAAAAUUAAUCACGUGAUUAUUAUAAGUGGUUAACGAACGUUACUUUUUAAAUGAUCAGGGUUCCGAAUUCCGAAUUCAUAAUAUGGUCAAAAGAUCAAUACAAAUCAAAAUCUAAUCAUUUUUCAGCUGAAUCCAAAAAAUUAUUUUUAAAAUGAUGUCAAACGUUUUGAUUUUUGGACUUUUCUUGACAAUUUACGUUACUAAUACGUCAGCUUACAAUAAAAGUUGUGCAAAACUUGGAGAAGUUUGUAAAGACGAAGCUCACUGUUGUAAUAAAUUCAAUGGGUGUUAUUUAUCACUAAAGGAGAAUUUUUCUCAUUGUGGAGGCGAUGGCUUACUUGAUAGUAGUUGUAGACAUCCAAUAGAAUGUUCGAAAAUUUUGGGAGGAACUUGUAAAAAUGGAAUUUGUGACUGUAAAUCGGAUCAUAGAAGAUACAAUAGACAUCGAUGCAAACCCCGUCACCUGAAACCGUGGGCUAGAUGGCACGACUAAUAAAGAUUAUUCGCUAAGAAUAUAUUU